AUGCUCGCCUUCAACGUCGUCAAGUUCGAUCGGUUGCCUUACCGUCCUAAGAAAUUCGCAUGUCUGUUCCGUAAAGUGAGACGUCACGUGAAGGACUUUCUCUCCGAUAAAUGGCAGUUGUAUACCGUGUUGAUCGUCGUCGACGCGGGAAAGAUAAUCGAGACACUCCGGUGCGAAAACGACGACCGGCUACCUAGUCUAUAUGAAGAGUUUCUAUCUACAUGGGCUACCAGCUGGGAGACUAAGUACUACGACGGACGUACACAGAAGGGCAUCCGAUCGACGCUGAUUUUGGCGCAGAACUAUGGUAUGGGUCCGGACGCAGAUUAUGCUGUACGCGCCGACGCCUGCCGUGCACGGUUCAUCCGCGAAAAGGACAAAUUGCAUCGACGAUGGCCAAAGGUCCCGAAGCUACAGUGGGAUACCCGUGACGAGACUGAGAAGCGUAUUACA